AGUAGGGAAUUUUGCGAGCAGUGAAAGGUGUUGUAGAGAGAGAAUGUCGUCGACGGUGCUGGAAGUGACGCGCGCAGCACACGAGGAGGUGGAGCGGUUGGAGCGGCUGAUAGUGAAGGAGCUCCAGAAUGAACCGAACACCAACAAAGAGCGUUUGUAUCAGAGUCACCGUGUGCGGAACAUGAUCGACACCAUUUCCUCCACCACUGAAAAGCUUAUUGAGAUAUAUGAAGAUAACGACAAUGCGAGGAAGGACGAGAUUGCUGCACUGGGAGGCCAAACCGCCACUGGAAUUAACGUUUUCAGUGCUUUUUAUGAUAGACUCAAGGAGAUUCGAGAGUAUCACAGGAAGCAUCCAGUUGCACGCGUUGUUGACGCUAGUGACGAUUUUGAAGCACUUCUCAAAGAGGAACCUCAAAUUGAGUUUAGUGGAGAGGAAGCUCUUGGUCGAUACUUAGACAUGCAUGAAUUAUACCAUCAAUAUGUCAAUUCUAAGUUUGGUGAGCCCAUUGAGUAUUCUGCAUAUCUUGAUGUUUUCUCAGACACAGAUAAGAUUCCCCGCAAAAUGAAAAUGACCAGGCAGUACCGAGAAUAUAUGAUGAAUCUUUUGGAGUAUCUAUUAUACUUCUUCCAGCGGACAGAGCCCCUGCAAGAUCUUGAUCGAAUUUUCUCAAAGGUAACAACUGAGUUUGAAGAAAAUUGGGCUGCUGGUAAGAUACAGGGAUGGGAAAAUGUCAAUCAGGAGAAUGGACAUAUACCUGCUCAGCAUGCUGCAAUUGAUCUUGAUUAUUAUAGUACAAUUGAAGAGGUGAUGGAAGUGGGUCCUGAAAGGUUAAAGGAGGCACUGGCUGCAUUGGGGCUUAAGACUGGUGGUACUGUUCAGCAACGUGCAGAGAGGCUGUUUCUCACUAAGCACACGCCUCUUGAAAAGUUGGACAGGAAGCAUUUUGCUAAGGGGGCACGUGGUGUAGAUAAAAAUGGGGUUGCUUCAGUUCCACAAGAUGGAAAUUCUAAAGAAAUUGCAUUGAUGGAGGCCAAAAUGACAAAACUCUGUGAUUUGUUAGAAGAGACAAUUGCUCGAACAAAAGAUAAUGUUGUAAAGAAGCAGGCCCUAACAUACGAGGAAAUUGAAGCAGAACGUGAGGAGGAAGAGACACAAGAAGACACUGAAAGCGAAGACGAGGAGCAACAGAUAUAUAAUCCCCUAAAAUUACCAAUGGGAUGGGAUGGGAAGCCUAUACCUUAUUGGUUGUAUAAGCUACAUGGUCUGGGUCAGGAAUUUAAGUGUGAAAUAUGUGGGAACUACAGUUAUUGGGGGCGUCGGGCUUUUGAACGACAUUUUAAAGAAUGGCGCCAUCAACAUGGCAUGCGGUGUCUUGGUAUCCCAAAUACUAAGAACUUCAAUGAAAUCACAUCAAUUGAGGAAGCCAAGGAUCUUUGGAAGAAGAUACAGCAAAGACAAGGAGUAAACAAGUGGCGGCCAGAUCUAGAGGAAGAGUACGAAGACAAAGAAGGCAACAUCUAUAAUAAGAAGACAUACGCCGACUUACAGCGCCAAGGACUGAUAUGAGAAAACACAAUUUUUAAGAUGCCUCUUUUCUCUUCACCUGGGCGUGAAGUGGAAGCAAUUUGUUUUCUACACGGUCAAUGUGGGGAAUUAUUGUAUUUAUAAGCAAUAUUGUGUACUACUAGGGAGAAGAGUGGGGAUAAUAGGACAAGGAGGCAUUUUUUGUAGCUUGUAUUGCACUUUAUUGAGGAAUUCUGAAUUUAUGAUUGAUACUCUAACCAGACAGAAGAAACAAAUAUUGUGAUUGAUGUUGUUUAGUACUAUAGGAUUUUGGGUGUUAAUAACCAACUAAUGUGUCUUUAAUAGAAGAUUAAGAUCUUGGCUGCUGGUAAUCGUAGGAUUUUGCUGUUAAUCGUAGCGUGUAGUCUGGCUAGGAUAAACAGCCGCACAUAUCUGUAUUCUAGUCUCUAGUUGAAUAAAAUUACCCAUUAUUAUCCA